AUGCAGGCUCUGUCAUUCCUCUUUACGAUCGCAGCUGUGAUAUCAUUCGCAGCUGCUCAGACUCAUCAACGUCUGGGUGGCUGCCCUGACUUGGGCUGCGUCUUCCCUCCGGACCAGGCUGACUUCCUUGCCGGUCAAUUCUUCGAUAUCCGUCUUGAGGUUCACUCUCCGGUCAAUGGCUCUGAGGCUCGUGUUGGCGAACCCGACCCCAACUUCACCUUCACUAUCGCCAAGAAGGGUCACGAGGGUGUCCCAGCUACGAAACUCUUCCAUCAGGAUGAGCCAAAGCUGGAGCGAUGGGACUUCAGCUGGUACGAGGACCUAUUCGCUGAGGAUGCUCACACUCCUUCUGUUGUCAACGUCACUUCCAAGAUCUUCCGUCGUGUGGCUCUCCAUGAGCCUGGUGAGUAUGAGGCCACUCUUACUUACUACGGAACCCAAAAGACAGUGGCCAACUGGCUCGUACGGAAAAUUCCAACCAAGCGUCGUGCGAAGAACGUGAUCCUGUUCGUUGGUGACGGCAUGACCACAAACAUGAUUACUGCUGCCCGUCUCAUUGCUCACAAGAGCGUCAACGGCAAGUACAUGUCCAAGAUGGCUCUCGACAAGUUCCCCGUGCUGGGCCACCAGAUGACCCACUCGAUGGACUCGUUCAUCACCGACUCGGCCAACUCUGCAACCGCCCUGUACACCGGUCACAAGACGACUGUCAAUGCUCUGGGUGUGUACGUUGAUUCUUCCAAGAGUCCAUUUGACGACCCCAAGUUCGAGACUAUCGCGGAGAUCUUCCGUCGCCAGUACCCUCAUGCUGGUAUCGGUAUUAUCUCGACUGCAUUCUUGGCUGACGCCACACCUGCUGCCCUGACUUCCCACACCAGCAAGCGUGGCGAGUAUGACCACGUCAUUAGCACUUACUACGAGGGGCUGACUAACUACACAUGGACGGAGUGGACUGGCCCCGACGUCCUCCUUGGUGCUGGUGCUGAGAACUUCCUCAAGUCUGAGGAUGCUAGACGGGAGUACUACGACUUGUUCGCCAAGAAGAACUACAACGUUGCUUGGAACAAGACCGCACUGCUGAAGGCACCCAACGGUGACAAGCUGCUGGGCGUCUUCACGACGUCUAACCUCCCCACUUGGUUGGACCGCAACGUCUACCAGGCUAACCUGCUGAACAAGACCAACUACCCCGAUGGUUCUGGUCGUGACGCCGAUGACCUGCCCGGCCUCAAGGAGAUGACUCUCAAAGCUAUUGAUGUGCUGCACCAGCGCAGCGGUAAGGAGGGCUGGUUCAUUAUGUCUGAGGCUGCCAGUAUCGACAAGCAGAUGCACACCCUGGACUAUGAUCGGGCACUUGGCGAGCUGCUUGAGCUUGAUGACACCGUCAGUGCUACCAUCGACAAGUUGAAGUGCAUGGGCGAGCUAGAGGACACCCUCAUUAUCGUCACUGCUGACCACGGCCACGGCUUCGAUGUCACUGGCUCCGUUGACACCAAGUAUCUCGAAGCCCAGCAUGAUGACCGCAACAAGCGCAACGCCAUUGGCUAUUACGAGAACUCCGGUCUGUCCCAAUACACCGUGGGUGGACCCAAUGCCCUGCGUUACUCGGAGGGUGUUCACUUCCCUACUCACUGGGACCCCCGCUAUACUCUGCACUCUGGCGUGGUCGCCUUCCCCGACCACCGCGAGAACUACGAAGUGCACAAGGACGGCCCACGCACCCCCGCUGUUGCCUCCAAGAACGACAAGUUAGGCAAUGUUGCCAACUACAAGGAUGCUGUCACCGGUUUCCUCGUUAACGGAACCCUGCCUGUGGAUACCAAUCAGGGUGUCCACUCGCUGACUGACGUGCCUGUGUUUGCCCGUGGUCCCUGCCAGGAGCUUUUCGGUGGUGUGAUUAACUCCAUCGAUAUCUUCUUCGGCAUGGCCGAGUGCCUGGGCCUGUCGGAGAGUAAGUGA